UCACGCAUGAAUGGUGUGGGAGUCUGACGGCGACAUAUGUUUGUGCAUUUAAUUGUUUUGUAGCAAGUAGACUACCAUACUCUUUAGAAAGUUCCUCCCGUUCUCUCGUCCUGAUUUUGAAAAUUCUAUUGUAGCAGCGUAUCGAUAGUCUGAAGAAAUAAUGGCUAACGACGAUAGCAAGCAGGAGGAAAAACCAUUCAAGGUGGAAAAGUGGGACCAUAAUGCAGUGAGAAUUGCAUUGGAUGAUGCUGCUAAAAAGAUAAUCCUCGACAACCUUGGUUAUCAAGAAGACUUCAAGUUAAUUGAUACUCGCCUGGCAAUAUGUACAACUGCUGUUUUAUUUGCAUUAUUUGCCUUACUUUGGGAUUAUCUUCAUCCUUUCCCAGCAUCAAGGCCUGUUAUUAUACUCUGUGUGGUCUCAUAUUUCGUCCUUAUGGGAGUCUUAACAGCUUAUGCCAACUUUGUUGAGAAGAAUGUAUUUUUGCUUGCAAGAGAGAAGGAUAUAGCAGGUGUAGAUCCAGACAUUGUCUGGACUCUAUCAUCGACAAUGCCGAAGUAUGAUGAAAACUACACACUGCAAAUAGUCGUUAAAGACCCACAAGGUGAAGAGCGAAAAGCAGAACUGACAAAAUCUGCUGGAGAAUAUUUUGAUGAGAAUGGCCAACUCAUGGAUAGCUUUGAAAUAAAGGUCAUGGAGCUACAUCGGUCCCUAUCACAAAAGAAAAAGGCCCAAUGAAAUGAAUACUGUUUAUUUUUACUAGUUCAUUUGGUUUCCUCGAAAGUUGUCAUUUGUUGUGUCCCUCUUUGCAGAAUCCGAACAGAUUUGAUGGUUAAGAAAUAAUUUCAUUUUUCGCCAUUGGGCGAGGCUCUCCACAACUAAUCACUAAAUAUGUCCUGUCUGAACGACUUCAUUACUGUAUCAACAUGGCUUAAAGUAAAUUACCACUCUUGUAACAAUAAUUUGCCUGCAAAUGUUGAGAUUUUAUAUGGCGAUUCAUAGUAUCUGUUCGUUUUAUGUAUUCUCUCCCAUAUGGGGUUCCUGUAUUCAUUUUGCCAUUCAAGAUUCCUCCUCAUUGUACCAGUCAGCAUUGUUUACUACUUUCAUUGUUUGACCAAUCAUGUUAUGUUUUACUUGACUGUUUAGGGAAACAACAUUUCAUGUUUGCUGCUACCUAAGUUGGAAGCGAGGUUAUAUUUCAGUUACCAGUCGAUGCUUCUUUCCAAAUGUGCAUUUCUAUUUUUUCUUUUACACCUAGGUCAGGUGGAAUAACCUGGUAAUGUGUAAAAUAGCUUCCACAGGAACAUUCUUGCCCUUUUAAGUGUUGAUGUAUUCAAUUUGCAAAUGUGAAGAGUUACAGAAAUGUUAGAAUUGAAAAUCAUUAAUUAAGCAAAUUUUUUAAUGCUUCGCUUUUGAAGAUAUGCAGUGAAUGAUUGAAUAUACUCAGAAAUGCACAGAAUAUAAUGAACGAAAAGUGAAA